AGACAUUGAUGCGAAAACCGACUGGAACCACUAAUCAAGUGUUGCAUACGCCUCCUUGGAUCAGUUUUCAAGAAAUUGUACAUCAUACCUCAAUGUGAAGGAUAAGGGGGAAGCGAUGCGUUUUCGUAACAGGAUAAUCCAUGUACAUAUAUUGCUUUGAAAAAUAAAUAAUUGCACAUUAUAAUUUUGUGCAGACUGGUUUUGCAAGUUUAUGUAUUUGUCCAUUAAUUGGAAAGACGUCGGAGAGAACGGUUAGGAGCCUUGAGACUGGAUUUGGUCUUUAUAAAUAUUUUUAAUUUGGAAAUCAGAUCAUUUUUUUGAGAUAUUUUCAUAUUACUCAGUCGAAAAAAUUGUACGAUAAUUUACUAAAUUAGAGAAGUUUAAAUACCGAUAAUUAGUGUCCCAAGAAAUGCAGCAGUUACCAGGGAGGCUAUUAUUGAUUGGGCUAAUAUGUUUGUUAACCACGAUCGCACUUUUCUGGGUCGUAAUUCCUGGAGCGAUACGAUGGCAAUUGUCACAGAUUAUCCGAUUCGAAGAGGGAAACGAGGUUUAUGAGGAGUUUACCAACAUUAAGGCAAAAAUCUUAUUUAGCGUUUACAUUUACAACGUGACAAAUGCAGAGGAUGUUGCGUCAGGGAAAAGCUUACCCAAACUGGAUGAGAUUGGUCCGUACGUGUACGAAGAGAAACGAAUGAACAUUCCGGUUAAUUUGGACCCGGAAAAUGAUACUUUUACGUAUCAGUCAUUUAUUCAUUUCACCUUCCGUCCUGACCUAUCGGCCGGAUCGGAUGAGGAUUUCAUCACUAUGUUGAACGUCCCAAUUGUGGCCAUUGCACACGAAUUGAAGGGAAUGUCUCGCCUUAUGCGAUCCAUGGCGCAAGAGUAUAUCGAAUCCUACGACAUGCCGCUCUUCGUAAGGCGAAAGGUGAAGACAGCUUUGUUCGAGGGGGUCCACUUGGAUCUGGUGGAAACAGUUUCAAAUCUCUUGGGCGUGGAGUACAUGCCGAACAGCACGUUCGCAUACUUUUACCACCUUAAUGCGACCCUUUCCCGUCCAUUCGUUGUAAACGCGGGAUUAAAGGAUACCUCAAAAAUUGGAUCCAUCAUCACCUUCGAUGGAAAGAAAGCCGUUGACGUCUGGCCAGGUGAAAGUUGUAACGCCAUCAACGGUUCGGAUGGAUCACUUUACCCCCCGUUUGUCACCCGAGAUUCAGUUCUUCACGGAUUUAAUGCCGAUAUUUGCCGAUCCGUGGCACUAGUUUAUAAAAGGGACGAUGAAAUGGAGGGAAUACCCGGGUAUCGUUUCGGAUUUCCGGAUUCUUUUCUUGAUUCCGGGGCGGAAGAGAAUAAAUGUUUUUGCGGGGAAGAGGAUAGAAGUAAAUGUCCGAAAAAAGGUGCACUUUCGUUAGCUCCGUGUAAAUUUGGGGCACCAUUGCUUAUGUCGAGUCCCCACUUUUUGGGGGGAGAUCCGUACUACAGGGAAAUUACCGGGUUAAGCGAGGGAAAUUCGGAAAUGCAUGAAACUUAUGCAAUCAUUGAGCCGACGACUGGCAUCGUUCUGAAGGCAGGAGCAAGAUUGCAGUUAAACAUCGAGAUGACGAAAUCCAAAGAUAUUAAAGAAUUGAAGAAAGUGAAGGAUACUGUAUUCCCACUUUUUUGGGUGGACGAGGUUGCUGUACACCCUCAGAAGGCGUAUGACGAUAUCAGGUGGAAGAUGUCGAUACCCCUGAAAGUGGUAGAGAUUGUGAAAUGGGGCAGCUUUGUGGCCAGCAUUCUGGUCGUAAUAACAGGUGGGAUGAUUUUUAUUCUGAGAACGAGAGACAAGAAGAAACUAGAGUACUACUAACUACAUAAUUUUACGAGGAAAUCGAGUUUAUUGGCAGGAUGAUAUUGAUGUGAUAAUGAUGCCUACUUAAAAUGUACGUGAUUUACGUAGAUACAUUUCUUGCGAAGAGUUUUUACUUUUACAUAAUUAAAACUGCUUUUUUAUAGCUCUCAUUAAUUUCAAAUUGCUUUGGAAUUGUGCAAUUAUUUUGAACAUGAGGUUAAGUGUAUGGAUGAGGGAAAAAUGCGCACUUUUAUUGAGCCUAAUUCCAAUAUAUUUUAUAAGUAUGCAAUCUUUUAUAUUUUGGUAAUUUUACAUUUUACAUAAGGGGGACUCAAAUAUAUUUAGGGAUAAGCAGUUGUUAAGUCAUGUAUCUUGACAUAAAUACCUAGGUAAGUACAUAUAUGUAACCCUUCCAACUUUUACUUAUUAUAAUAUAUGUAUAUGUAUAUAUAACAUGUUUGAUAAAUAAGUGUGGAUGUAUGUACAUAUGUAUCUACUUCAGUAAAAAGUUAAACUCUACAUAGGUAUGUAAAUAUAUAAUAUUAGAAUUUUAUAAAAUUAAAGGCAAGGAUUAUAUACAACUGCGCAGUACAAAUUCAGUAUAGUUGAUAGAUUAAAUCAAUUAUGAAGUUAAUAAAAUACUUAGAUUAAUGGCAA